AUGAGAUCGCAGCCAGGCAACAGGGAGGCCCUCCAGAUCUUGGACAGGAAUCGGCAAUGCGGCUCAAAGGCGCCGAGCGUUCCAGCGCUGGUGGCCGCGAUCAAGGCGUGCGGCAGCGCCCGAGACGUCGAGGCCGGGAUGAGAAUCCACGCCGGCGCCGCCAUGGCCGGGAUGGAUUCCAACAUCUUCGUGGCCAACACGCUGCUCUCCAUGUACGCCAAAUGCGGCGCCAUGGAGGACGCCUGCCGGGUGUUUGACGCCAUCGAGAGCCACACCGUGGUCUCCUGGAACGCUCUCGUGCUGGGAUACGCUCGAAACCUGGAUGGAACGCGAGCUCUCGAGAGUUUCUCGCGGAUGACAGACGCGCGCUUCGAUCCAGACGCUCGGACUUACAACGCGGUGUUGAAGGCUCUGGCGAUCUCUCUGGAAAAGGAGUUGGGAGGAGAUGGGGAUGUCGCGAAGAAGAAGCGGCACUUCUUGGAGAAAACUCUGGCUGUUCACGCUCGGCUCAAGGAGGCCGGUCACGAGCGUGACGUCUUCGUCGCGAGCUCGCUGGUGGAUUUGUACGCGAAGUGUGGCAGCUUGAUCGAUGCGAGCAAUGUUUUCGAGAGAAUGGCUCGCCACGAUGCUGUCUCGUGGACUGCUCUCAUUCUGGGACAUGUCCAAGGUGGUGAGUUUCAAAAAGCUCUGGAUCUCUUCUCGAGGAUGGUGGGAGAAGGCUUCCAGCCGGAUGCUCGAGCGUUUGUCGCGGCACUCAAGGCCUGUGCGAGCUUAGCUAGCAGCGAAGAAGAAGGCUCGAUUUUCUUUGGGCUUGAAGAACAGGGAUCCGGAUCAAGCGAAAGAAAAGAUGAAAGUAGGAUUGUUUGCUUGGAGAUUGGAGUAGCGAUCCACGCAGAACUGGAGAAGUUGGGGCUGGUGGAGAGUGACUUGUUCGUGGCGAGCAGCCUGGUGGACAUGUACGCGAAGUGUGGAUGCAUGGAGGAUUCGACGCGAGUUUUCGAGCGGAUGAAACAGCGAGACGUGGUGACUUGGAACUCGCUGCUCAUGGGAUUUGCUCAGGGAGGAGAAGCGAAGAUCGUUCUAAGCCUCUUCCAUCGAUUGCAGCAACAGGGAAGGGGUGUGGAGCCAGACACUCGGACUUAUAUUGCGGUUUUCAAGGCCUUUGCCAACUUAGCAGCGAGAAACUACAAAGAUGGCGAUCUCAGGUCGUGGUGUCUGGAUCAAGGGCGAGCUAUCCACUUGCAGAUGAGCCCACUCAGUUCUUCCUCGACGGAGAUCUUCCUGUGGAGCACUCUCGUCGACAUGUACUCCAAGUGUGGGAGCCUGAUCAAUGCCAGAGAGAUCUUCGACAGCGUCUCCAAGCCCGACUUGGUGCUGUGGAACUCGAUCAUCCUCGGGUGUGCUCUCAACGACGAAAACGAGCUCGCCUUGGAGCUCUUGGAUCGACUCCAGCAGCAGAACCUCUCGCCAGACGAUGGAACUUUCGUGGCGGCGCUCAAGGCCUGUGGAAACUCGGCAGCACUGGAAACCGGAAGAACGAUCCAUACUCAGGUCCUCAACGCUGGACUCGAGAGCAAUCCACUCGUCGCAACUAGCCUGGUGGAUUUCUACGCAAAGUCUGGCAGCAUGGACGAAGCUCGCGACGUCUUCGACACCAUGGAUCCUGCCAAGAGGAGCUCGGUGACCUGGAACUCUCUCCUCUCGGGCUACUCGCGAGUUGGCGAUCACAAUCAAGUCUUUCAAGUCUUCGAGAGCAUGAAGGCUGGAGCGUCGUCGCGAGCUUGCGAGAUUGUGAACGGGGUUACUUUUCUAUGCCUCCUCAAUGCUUGCAGCCAUGCCGGCCUGGUGGACAGAGCUAAAGACUACUUUGAGUCGAUGAGAGGUGACUAUGGAAUAGCUGCGACUGAGGAUCACUAUGCUUGCAUGGUGGAUUUGUUUGGACGAUCAAACCAGAUGGCAGCUGCUGUUAGUAUGGCGGAGAGCUUGCCUCUGGAGAGUGGAAGUGGAUUGAAUAGGGCUGUGUGGAUGACAGUGUUGAGCUGCUGUGAAAGAAUGGGGAACAAGGAGAUUGGAAAGCUUGCGUUUGAAACGAUUGUGAAAUUAAACCCAGAUGAUGCCCCGGCCUACGUGCUUUUAGCAAACACGUGCUUGUAA